UAACCGUUCUACUUCUGAUUAUGAUUAGAUUUAGAACGUUAUAAAAUUAAGCAUAAAAACCGUAAAGUAAGCAAAUUUAGUAACAAAAAUAAAGAGUGGAGACAUCUCCAUCAAAACACUUAGCGCAUUAAUCAUACUUAGAUCUGAAGCUAACUAAAAAGACCCCACUUGUAAUAAAAGCUGUAUAUCUAACAUCACACCUAUAAAGUCAAAGUGGUAUUACUGUAAAUACUCAUAUCUUUCAGUGGCAUUUCACUAAGAAACUUCUCUUUUAAUCAAACCUUUCCUCUGUUUCUCUCUUUUCUCUUUCUUCAAAGUUCGUGCACAGAAAACAAUGAGAGGCCUCUCCAUAAACUCCGGCGCGGCGGCGAUUUUCGCGAUCUUUGUAAUCCUCGCCGUCCAGUACUUGUCCGUAGCCGCCGUUUCUUCUCAGUCCCUCGACUUCCCUCCGUUCGAGACAGAGUGCCGCGGUACCAUCGCCGAGUGCUCGGUUUCCGCCGCCCUUGUAGAAGAAGGAGAUCUCUUUUACGGCGGAGGAAUGGGAGCUGAGUUCGAGAUGGACUCGGAGAUCAACCGGCGCAUGUUAGCGACCAGGAGGUACAUCAGCUACGGUGCGCUGAGGAGAAACACUGUUCCCUGCUCAAGACGCGGCGCGUCUUACUACAAUUGCCGACGUGGCGCUCAGGCCAACCCUUACUCUCGCGGCUGCAGCGUCAUCACUCGCUGCCGGCGAUAAAUAUUGUAAACUGCAAUUUCCUCGAAAUUUCUUUUUAUAUAUAAUUUGUCAGAAUUUUCGUAGCUCAUUGCUUAUUUCAUACGCAGAUAUAAACUAUAUAUGUAAAUUUCUCUGGAUAAUAUAUGUUAUCGAUAUGUAAAAAUUUGGUACAUAAACCAGGAAAAUAAAAUAUGGAAUAAAUGAGAUAAUUUACAUUGUGA